ACAACUCCAAAGAUUCUCGGCUCUUACAUGUUGCCAUUGGGUAUCGCAGACUCAUCUGCCACAUAUGCGGAUUCUGGACACAGACGCUUUGAGAUUCUCAGUCUGAGGUGCAGCGCUUUCUUCCCAUACACACCCUUCUUUUAUACCUCGCUUCUCUUCUUCACAUCCUAGCGAUGGCACAUGUGAGAAGCAUCGUUCCGUCACUUGACGCCGUCAGGGACAUCCUGAACAAGCCCGCCAAGGACGGCGUAAAGAAGCCGACCCUCGUGCCGGUCUAUCGCCAAAUCUCCUCCGACCUUAUCACUCCCUCCGCCGCCUACCUCAAAGUCUCGGCGCAUGCCAAGUCCACAUCCUCUGCCUCCUCCACAUACUCAUUUCUGUUCGAAUCAGCAGCCACCGAACAGGUCGGUCGAUACAGCUUCAUCGGCGCCGGCCCGCGCAAGAUCCUGACCACCGGCCCCGGCUAUGGCGAGGAGAAGGACCCGUUGCCUGCGCUUGAGGCGGAAUUGGCGAGCCAUGUCGUUGCGCAUGUGCCAGGAUUGAGACUGCCUCCCAUGGCAGGAGGAGCGAUCGGCUACGUUGGCUACGACUGCGUGCGAUACUUCGAGCCCAAGACGGCGCGGCCGAUGAAGGACGUGUUGAAGAUUCCCGAGUCUUUAUUCAUGUUGUACGAUACGAUUGUGGCUUUUGAUAGGUUUUACGGCAUCAUCAAAGUCAUCAGCUACGUCAAGGUCCCCACGGAUGGACAGACAACCCUGGAAGCGGCAUAUGACGAGGCGAAGAAGACGAUUGACGAGCUGGUGAAUGUUCUCAACAGCCCCGAGAUUCCCCUGCCAGAGCAAGGUCCCAUCGAGCUGGGCCAGGAGUACAAGUCCAACAUCGGCCGCGAAGGCUACGAGGCCCACGUCACCAAGUUAAAAGAGCACAUCGUCAUUGGCGACAUCAUUCAAGCCGUGCCCUCGCAGCGUUUCGCCCGUCCUACCAACCUACACCCGUUCAACAUCUACCGCCACCUGCGAACCGUCAACCCAUCGCCGUACCUGUUUUACAUUGACUGCCAGGAUUUCCAGAUCGUCGGCGCAUCACCCGAGCUGUUGGUCAAAUCAGAAGCCGGCCGAAUCAUUACCCACCCCAUUGCCGGAACUGUCAAGAGAGGCCCGACGCCAGAGGAGGACGAGCGCUUGGCCAACGAGCUGCGCUCUUCGCUCAAGGACCGAGCCGAGCACGUCAUGCUGGUCGAUCUCGCGCGCAACGACGUCAACCGCGUAGGCGACCCAUUCACCGUCCGUGUCGACCGCCUCAUGGUGGUGGAAAAGUUCAGCCACGUGCAGCACCUCGUCUCCCAAGUCUCUGGUGUCUUGCGCCCAGACCAGACACGAUUCGACGCCUUCCGGUCAAUCUUCCCCGCCGGUACGGUGUCCGGGGCGCCAAAGGUCCGCGCGAUGGAGCUCAUCGCCGAGCUGGAGCAGGAGAAGCGUGGCGUCUAUGCCGGUGCGGUUGGAUACUUUGGCUACGGAGGAGUGGACGAGAGCGGCGAAGAUGUUGAGGGCGCGAUGGACACUUGUAUCGCUCUGCGAACCAUGAUGGUGAAGGAGGGCGUGGCGUAUCUCCAAGCCGGUGGCGGCAUUGUAUUUGACUCUGAUGAGUAUGAGGAGUGGCAAGAAACCAUUAACAAGCUGGGUGCCAACAUGCAGUGCAUCACUUCAGCUGAGGAAAUUUACUAUGACCAGCAGCAAUCCGAAAAAACGGCAUAGACGAGAAUAAAUCUAAAAAAGGAAAAGAGAGGAAAAAAAAGAAAAGCUUGGGAAGGCGAAAAGAAAAAGAGAAGAUUGAACAUAUAUCUGUUUCGGACACCUUAGGAGCAUUAUGGAAUAGGUAUAGUCUAGCUGGUGUAAUGUGGACUUAACAACGUCCACUUUCUACAUCUAUCAAAUAAAAGACUACUUAUCACACGAGAUUCCUAUUUUAAUAGAACCAGAAAGGUAUUUUUUUCG